AUGAGUGGUCUCAAGCUCUACGGAGAAGCUCUCGUAGGCGCAGAAGCGCAUGCGGAGAGACUCGUGGGACGUAGAAGGACGGGAAUUACAAAUGAAUAUGACGACUCAUUUUCCCUUUACCGAAAAGCAGGGCCAGCAGCAGCAGCAAUGGUUAAAAGAAAAGAGGCAAGAAAUACUAGGGGUACUUUUGUCUAUUCACGAGCUCUCGUUCCUAAAAUACAGGCACUCCCUCAGACAGAAAGAAACAAGUAA